UUCCAACAGCACAGUCUUCAUGCCCUCUGUGUUGACACUAAUAGGGAUCCCAGGCCUCGAGUCUGUGCAGUGCUGGAUUGCAGUUCCAUUCUGUGCCAUGUAUGUCAUUGCUGUGUUUGGAAAUUCCCUGCUUCUGAUCAUCAUCAAAUCAGAACGCAGCCUCCAUGAGCCCAUGUACAUUUUCUUAGGUAUGCUCGGAGUCACAGAUAUUGCACUUAGUACCAGCAUUGUGCCCAAGAUGCUUGGAAUCUUCUGGUUUCAUGUACCAGAGAUUUAUUUCGAUUCCUGCUUGCUUCAAAUGUGGCUCAUCCACACAUUUCAAUGCACUGAAUCAGGCAUCCUGCUGGCCAUGGCCCUGGAUCGGUAUGUGGCCAUCUGUUAUCCUCUGAGACAUGCUGCCAUCUUCACCCACCAGCUAGUCCCUCAAAUCGGGGCUGUAGUAACAUUCAGGGCUGCCAUUCUUGUAGCCCCAUGCCUAGUGCUGAUAAAGUACCAUUUGCAAUUUUAUCAUACAACAGUCAUCUCCCACUCCUACUGUGAGCACAUGGCCAUUGUGAAACUGGCUGCGGAAGAUGUCCAGCUUAACAAAAUCUAUGGCUUGUUUGUGGCCUUCACUGUGGCGGGAUUUGACCUCAUGUUCAUCACAUUGUCCUACAUACAGAUAUUUAUCACCGUUUUUCGUCUGCCCCAGAAGGAGGCUAGGUUGAAAGCAUUCAAUACUUGCAUCGCUCACAUCUGUGUCUUCCUCCAGUUCUACCUCCUUGCUUUCUUCUCCUUCUUCACACAUAGAUUUGGGACUCACAUCCCCCCUUACAUCCAUAUCCUCUUUUCUAGCAUUUACUUGCUGGUCCCUCCAUUUCUCAAUCCCCUUGUCUAUGGUGCAAAGACCAAGCAGAUCCGUAUCCAUAUGGUAAAAAUGUUGUGUUCAUAAAAUGCAUUGUAAUUAAUAUC